GAGUAGGGCGAGUAGGGCGAGUUUUUGGUCUGGGUUUGGGGGUCACUGCUGAGGCUGUUGUGGUGAAUCACUCAAACUUUGAAACUCCGCUCGAAUUUGCUUCCGAUGGUUAGAAGUGAAAUUGACCUAGCAGUCAAGUCUAACUGACGUCCCUAAGAUGUCGAGGGGUCGGGGCGCGGGUCGGGGGCGUGGCCGUGGAGGUGGAAUCGAUCAACCCAUUGGUGGCACCUGGCAAGAGCUAAAUGCACUUGAUAUUGUGCCAACGACAUUGUUCCCACCUCUCGAUCCCUUCCCUAUGCUGACCGAUGUGACCGAGAACGAUCUAAGGUCCGCCAGAUACCAGCAAGAAGUAAUUCAGCGGCUUCGACACUCAAGGUAUUAUAUUGUUGAAGAUGUUAAGAAGGAUGACCUUCCUCGUUAUUCUGAUCGGUACAGGGCCACAGCUGAAACCCAGCCAAAACUUCAACCAAGUGAUCUGGAUAAAUCAUUCUUUCCCUCAGAGCUGUGGGAUAUCUGCUUCAAUGCAAAGAAAAGGCUGAAGAAAGGAAGAUCCAAGAAGACAACUGGGCUUAAUCUAGGGGACAUUCCAGAGGAUGACCACGAGGCGGGAUCGGAAGAAGAUAAAGAGGGCGAAGAAAAUGAGGAGGAUGAGGAAUUGGGUGCCUAUGAGGACGAAGAGGACGAUGACUACGUGGACAACUAUUUUGAUAACGGGGAAGGGGAGGAUAUGGAUGACUUGGGAGGCGGGGAUGACGGUGGAGGCCUCGAUUACGAUUAAGAAAGACAUCAACCUCUACCCUGUCAACACGAGGUAAAUAACGAUCUCAUUUACUCUUUUUUGCUUCGGCAGCACUAGUUUUGUCCUAUCCAUCGGCACUGCAUGUUAUCUUGCCGCCCAAGCUGUACUCCAACAGCGCUACCCUUAGACGCGUGAGUGAAAAUGAAAGCUCAUCUAGAACGGGCGUGACAAUGACCAACGUGCCUCCAAGAAUCUCUGCAUGACCGGUUGUCCCGCAGAAGGUUCAUAAUUCAGGCCCGCUCCCUCCGGAUAAUAUGCCAUCUCGCUCACAG